CUGCCAUAAAAAGUAGAGAGAGGAAAUAACCAAACUUCUCUCUAGAAAAAUAAGAAUUUUAUUUUUCCUAGAGAGAGAAAGAUGGUCAAAGGAGGCAAAGGGAUGCAUUGAAAAAGCAGCCAAAAGAGGGCACAAAAGCAAACCAUAACCACCUAAAUCAAAACCAAAAGGAGAAACCCUAGGGAAAUUAGUUGGACAGGUACACCAAACCUUCAUAUAAAUGGUAUGUAGAAGAAAGGGGUUGCCAUUUUUUGAUUGACUUGAUCUGUCUAGGCCUGAAAAAAGAUUUGGUAAAGAUUUUGGUGGUGUGUGGCCAUUGUACCACUUUGAUGUGAUGUGACUGGCAGAGAAUGGUUGGGAUUUGAUCAUCUGACUGCUGCUUUUAGGGUAAUCUACAAAGGACAAGCAGUACUUAGGGCUUUCUAAAAAAAGGACAGGCUGGCACCUAGGGUUUUCUAGAAAAGACAGGCUGGCUAGGGUGGUACAGAAACCCUGAGAAGAUUGUGCCAAUAUUUGUAUUGAUUAGAGGGAAGUUUCAUAAAACUUAUUUUUUUUUGUAUAUACAGUUUUGAAAUCCAAAUAUAUAUAUCUUGAGGCAGAGGAAACAACAGGACAGUAAGGAAGAUUCUGGAAGUCAAGGGGGAUAUGUAAAGCUCACACUUUCCUUUCAUCCUCUAGAGAUCACAUAUUGUUUUGUUUUGCAAAAUACAGAGGGAAAUACAGGUUUUUUAGUUCUUCUCAGCUGUGGAUUCAACCAGGGAGUAUACAGGGAAGGGAUUGUUUGGCAUAGGAGACAUGCCCACAAGUGUGACUAAUGUGGCUUCAAGUGUGAUUGACCUGAGCAGUGACGAUGAGGAAGAAACACAAUUGCAAUCAUCUAUAGGAAGACCAGUUUCAAAAAAUGAAUGCUCUCAAAAUUUGUGUAGUACACAAAUAGAACAGCCAAUUUGUACCCAGACGGUUCAAGACCCUGCAUUGUCGAGAUCAACUGGUCAUGAUUUCGACUGGUAUUUCAAAGAUACCAAACCUGACCUUGAGAAUAGGAUUCAAAGAACUCUACCAUCUGUGUCUUUAGCUAAUGGACAACAUGAAGGUGGAUUGGAGCAGAAUGGAUUGAGACAAUCUAAUGGCAUUACAUAUCCUGCUCUUGGUUCACCAUCUCAUCAUGAAAGGUCUGCACAGCAAAAUUUUAGUGGAAGAGAUGGACAUCAGAUAUUAAAUCAGCAGGGAAGGCAGACAUUGCCAUCAUCUUUGUCAAGAUCAAAUUGUUUGGGCCAGCCAGUCCAGGAAAUUCAAAAUGAAAACACAAGAAAUAUUGGAAACAUGCCACCGGUUACUUCUUCUAUGCCCAAUCAAUCUGGAAAAGUUUCUUCAAAGAGCAGCUUUCACCAAUUUUGGAAAGCAGGAGAUUAUGAUGUUCGAUAUGCACAAAAGAAAUCUAUACCAGGUGGAAUGGAUCAUGUUCGUGUACAUCCGAAGUUCCUUCAUUCUAAUGCUACAUCCCACAAAUGGGCAUUUGGAGCAAUUGCAGAGCUUCUUGAUAAUGCAAUUGAUGAGAUACAUCAUGGUGCAACUUAUGUCAAAGUGGAUCAGAUUUACAACCCUCGUGACUGCAGUCAUGCUUUACUUUUUCAGGAUGAUGGAGGGGGCAUGGAUCCUGAUUGUAUUCGACAAUGCAUGAGCUUGGGAUAUUCUAUGAAGAACACAAACACUACUAUCGGACAAUAUGGCAAUGGCUUUAAAACAAGUACAAUGAGACUGGGAGCAGAUGCAAUUGUUUUUACUCGGACGGCUCGUGGCAGCUCUUCAACUCAGAGUAUCGGACUCCUUUCCUACACAUUCUUGAGAAAGACAGAGCAAGAUGACAUUAUAGUUCCUAUGGUUGAUUUUGAGCUGCCAAUGGGUCCUGAUACACCAAGAAUGUUAGUUCGCUAUGCAACAGAUAUUUGGACAAAAAACUUGGCAACAGUCUUACAGUGGUCUCCCUAUGCAACAGAAACUGAGCUUAUGAAGCAGUUUGAAGACAUCGGACCUCAUGGAACGAAAGUCAUCAUUUACAAUCUUUGGCUUAAUGAUGAUGGCAUUCUGGAGCUUGAUUUUGAUACAGACAAGGAAGAUAUAAAAUUGCGGGGAGGUAGCAAACUAUGCAACAUUAAGAAUUCACACUGGGAAUUGCUCCAAUCACACAUCUCAUACCGAUUGUCAUAUUCCCUACGUGCAUAUGCAUCUAUCCUUUAUUUAAGGAUGCCAUCAAAUUUCAAGAUUUUUUUGAGGGGGGUACUUGUUGAACAUCACAGCAUAGCUAAUGAUCUGAAAUUUUCGAAAGUAGUAACUUACAAGCCACAACUUGGUGCUGGUAUGAAAGAGGUAGUAGUUGAAACAACCAUUGGAUUUACAAAAGAAGCUCCCUUUGUUAAUGUUCAUGGUUUCAAUGUUUAUCACAAGAAUCGACUUAUCAUGCCCUUUUGGAAGGUUUGGCAAGAUAAUAGUAGUAGAGGAAGAGGUGUCAUAGGUGUUCUUGAGGCAAACUUCAUUGAGCCUGCACAUGAUAAACAGGACUUCGAAAGAACUGCAGUCCUACUUCGGUUAGAAGCAAAACUCAAACAGAUGACUCUUGAUUAUUGGAAAGCAAAUUGUGGAUUAGUGGGAUAUCAAUACGGAAGUAGAGCCAGAGCUGAAAAUCAUCAAAGUGAUUCACGUUCAGUUGAAAAUGCUCAACCUUUAGCAAGUGAUAAUCCACAAAAUGAUUCCUCUCCAAUCCAGAAUCCCCGCCCAUUAGCAAGAAUUUCUUCUGGUUUUUCACCUCAGCAAAUUAACAGACCAGACUUGCCUGUCUCAACAGUUUCUGAUAGUGAUUUUCAGACUGCUGCCAAUGGAAAAGAGCUGCAAUCAAUGGCAGGAACUUCAAAUAGCAUAGUGGAUACAAUAUCGCAACAGAAUAUACAUCUAUUUAUGAGGUGUGAAACUUAUCGUCGAAAAGAGCUGGAGUUUAAUCAGAAGAUAAGAAAUCUGGAGAACGAAUUGAAGAAUGCCAAGCGCAAAUUGGUGGUACUUGCAUCUAAUGUGGAUCUUCACAAGAAGCAAAGACAGGCUGCCUUGAGGGAGGCACAGAGCUGUUAAUAAGAGCCUUUGAAGAAUACUGAUAGCCGAAGUGAGAAUAAAAAGGUUUUAAGAUUGGAAUACAUCUAGGGUUCCGUGAAUUGCAGUCCUUUCCAGGGGAGCAAAUUGUUGAAACAGUUUCUGUUUCUAAGGCAUUCGGAAAAAUUUAUAAAGGAGUUUUAUACCACCUGUUUUUGUGUAUCUAAUCGAAAGGCUUGACCAUCCUUGCCUACAGCAAUGUCCUGAUUUGUUGGUAAACUGCUGUAUAGUUUUGAUGUCUUUUGGGAAGCAUGGUCAUUCAAAAGGAGGAGAUAGCUAUUUGUAAUAUACCAAUUUCACAUGCACUAGCCAAUUUUUUGUAAUAUUCAUCAUGAUUAGAUCCAUGGAAAAAGCAGCAUUGUAAAAUUGUAAACAGCAAUUUUGAUGAAGUGUUUUUCAGAUGCAGAAAGAUGUCAAUAUGUUUUGUUGCACCUUAUAGUUUUCCAGGGUGCGCCUUGUGACGAGAAUUGCAGCUACGCUGAAUAUAAACUUAAGAAGCAUGUAAGGCAGCAGCAAUUCACGGAGCAUCAACUGUUUGUUGUAGAAAUGAACCGUGGCUAAACUCAGACCAAAUAUGAAUUGGGACACAGUACAAUGGUUAUUGAAUGAUAUGUACAGCCGGCCUAGUGCCUUCAAAUUGUUCAUUGCACUAUUGGACUAGGGAUCAUUAAAUAGCAGCUAGCAUUUUGCUGCUGAUGGCAGGUCCCCCCAAUCAGUAAAACAUUUUUUGUAUCAGUUUGUCUCCUCCAACAUAUGGUUUUCUAUCCAGAUGGCAUAAAUUUUCAACUUCUAAAAUUUGUCUUUGACUUGGGAGUUAUACGGUAAUUUAACCUAGUCCAACAGUAUGGCUAUCUAUUCAGAUGGCAUGGCUGUGGAGAUGCAGUUAUCUCACGGCUAAUGUAAAGACCUAAUAGUUUGUUGUUUUAUACUCAAAAUGAAGAUUUAAAUGCUAAACAGAAAUUUGACAGCUUUUCAUACCA